AUGGCAAGUAGUGGCAUGAAUUUGGUGUUUCAUCACGUAUCUACAACUUCUUUAGCCAAACCCAUAAGACUAUGCGCAAGCUCUCAUUUACUUUCUCCAACCCAGCCUGUCACAACUACCAGUAAAGCCCUCUGUCGGCGAUGCAGCUGCAAAUUGAAACGGCUUGCUGUAAGGAGUUGUUCUAUCACUGAGUUUGUUGUUUCCAGUGAUGAGAAAUAUGGAAAUAAGCAGGUUAUUAGUCUCACGCCUCGUCUCUAUGAUUAUUUGCUCCAAAAUGUUCGAGAACCAGAGAUUCUAAGGCAACUGCGAGUGGAGACCGCCUCUAUGCGCGGAAGUCAGAUGCAGGUGUCUCCUGAUCAGGCACAGCUACUUGCAAUGCUUGUGCAGAUUCUUGGAGCUGAAAGGUGUAUUGAAGUCGGUGUUUAUACUGGUUACUCAUCACUAGCCAUAGCAUUAGUCCUGCCAGAAUCAGGUCGGUUAGUUGCCUGUGAAAGAGAUGCCAAAUCUCUUGAGGUUGCUAACAAGUAUUAUCAACUUGCUGGUGUUUCACAUAAGGUUGAUGUAAGACUCGGACUUGCAGCGGAUUCCCUAGAAUCUCUAAUUAUGAAUGGUGAGGUAGGAAGCUAUGACUUUGCAUUUAUUGAUGCUGAGAAAAGGAUGACUGAGAAAUAUUUUGAGAUGCUACUACAACUGGUGAGGGUUGGAGGUCUUAUUGUAAUUGAUAAUGUCCUUUGGCAUGGAAAAGUUGUUGAUCCAUUGGUAAGUGACUCUAAAACUAACAGCAUUCGAUAUUUUAAUCAACGGUUAAUGGGAGACAAGCGUGUAAGCAUCAGUAUGGUGCCUAUUGGAGAUGGGAUGACAAUCUGUCGGAAAAGAUGA